CCGUAACAAUUGUUACGAUUAUCGCGCGGAAAUAUCGUUCAUGAACCUCGAUUCUUUUAUGUAAGCGUGCGUAUAUCGGUUGGAAAGGAAUUUUCAAUCGGGUCGGGAACGGGUUUCACGGGCGGUGAAUUAUAGCUGGUUUACCAUUGUCUGUCUCCUUUAUAGAGGUCAGAACGAUUAGAAGAUCGCCUACCUAAGUAACUGUACCGCUCAAUAAGGUAUCGCGCGCAGUUUAUCUCGCGUUUCGUGAACACGAAAUUGUUCCUACGCUCAGCGGAAUAACAAAGGUGACGGUACGAGGAUGACCGAUUACAGAGAUCGCAGAAGGUCGUGGACAGGUGGUUCGAAGAAGCCGAGGACUGCGGCCAUCGUAGGGAACGACCAUGACGAGCGUGGCUGUCGCCCCGGGUAGCCUCGGUGCACCUCCAUCCAUGCUCACCCCGAAAAUGUAUCAUCUACAGCAGGGGUUAAACUCAACAUCCCCCUCGCCCACUUCCGGAAAGAAUUACGAUACGCUGAGCAAGGGGAAGAAAUCGUGGAGCGUGAGGCUCGGGUUGUCGCGGCAGAGCCAGGCAACCGCGGAUGACCCCCAGGGCAAGGGGUGGGGGACGAUAAGCGGCGGGAGCGGGAUUUCGCGUCAAAUGAUCUACGGGGAUCGAUGGCUGUACGGUACGGUUCGGUCUUCGAGGCCUGGUCACGAGCCACGAGGCUUCAUGACACCCCCGCCCCCGCCACCCCCGGGAGCACCAGUAUUGGUAGUAUGUUCCUGUCCGGAAUUUCUCGCCGGAACGACGCGGAAGCUCGGCAAUUGCCGCAAGUGCGGUGGUCACCGAUUGGCUGGUGUACCUUUAGGAGGAACAUGUCGGCUACCGCCGAUCUCCUCGAGGUCGAGGCCCAGCCUCGCGGGAGUGCUGAGGUCGUCGAUGGACGAUCCGUACGACCAGAUGCGGCGGAAUCGUCUGGUGGAGCCGAGGGCGAGGGCGAGGAGCAUCUCCCCCCACCGGCCGUUGUCGCAGCGCGACCCGAGGAGCCAGAGCGUGGCGCGAAACGAGCGGAAAGAGCGAAAGGGCUCGAUCGAAGGCACAUCCUCGAGAUCCGAAUGGUUCGACAAAGAGGGAAGCGGGAGCUACGGGGAGGAGGCGACGGGGUGCCGCAAGCAACGGGGGGCCGGUUCGUCGUGCACGGGGGACGAGUGGCUCGAGGAGGAGCCGCUCCAAUCGUCGGCGGGUGCAAGGCUGGCCCGAGCCCCGAGAAAGGCGAAGGGGGCGAGGAACGAUUGGGGAUCGGAGGUUGGGAAGAAUCGGGAGGAGGAUUGGCCGGGGGGCGGCUGCGACUCGAGGAGGAGCAUCCUCGAGUGCGACGUGAACCCGUAUCUCCUGUUGAAGAGGCAGAGGGACGAGGACGACCUGAGCGACGACCUGUCGGACAACGCCCUCGAGCAAGAGGACGGGACGAGGUCCCUCUCCACCCUGUUCGAUCCCUCGAAGGUGAAAUCGAUCGAGAGGAUACCGAGCAGGAGCUCGGUCGCGGCGAUCGGGGGGCAGAGGAUAAGGGUGUUCAACGAGCGGCGGGAGAUCUCGGACGACGACGACGACGACGACGAGGGGGAGGAGGCGUCGCCGAUGACCAGGAUCCCGAUGCCAAAGGUUUCGCCGAAGCGGCCGCCGAGACGGCUCAAGGAGGCCAAACAAACGCUCAAGAGUAUUCUGAAGCGGGGAAAGGUGCUCGAGACUAGGAGGAAGAACGUCCUGUUCAACGUGGACAACGUGAUAUUCGCGCCUGAAAAACCAGCCGAGGUGGCCCGAUUGUCGUGGAGCAGAAUAGGAAGAAUGGCGAGCUGCGCCUCCCCGAGGGAGCAGCGGCGUAGGGAUCACGAAGACGACGACGAAGACGACGACGAGGAGGAAGACGACGACGACGACGACGACGACGACGACGAGGAGGAUGAAGAGAAGGGGAAGGGGAGGGUGGAGGAGCGAGUAGCCGGGUCGCACGAGCAGAGAGAGAAGUAUAAUUUCAUUACCAUCCCGAAUAUCAAGGAUCCAAAGAGAGUGGAGAAGAAAGUUGGAGCGAAGGAGAGCGAAGCUAGAAUCUCGCAGAACGCGUGUCAAACGUCCCCUGUCGAUGGGGGGGUUAAGGUGGAUAAAUUUGGGAAUGCGAAGAAGAAAGAGAAGGCGGAGAUGCGCAGCACCACCGUGCAGGGUGUCGUCGUACAGCAAAACUUUAUCGCCGAUCGCCGUGCGGUUCACCCGUCGAAACGCGAGGGGAACGAGGAAAACGAAGGGAGGAAGAGGAUAGAGAAGGUGGAGGAGAUCAGGGUGGGGGAGAAGGAUGGUGAAAGAAGGAUCGAGGAGAUCGAGGAACGGAAGGAUCGUAUACCGGGCAUCGCCGUGGACGAGAAGGAUUUGAUAUUGAAAUCCGAGGAAAACACGAAGAAAUCAUCUUUAUCGCGCAGCCAAAGCGAACGAUCGUUCAACAGGCCGGAGGUGUCGGCCGGCGACGUGCUUUUCAUGGACACUAUGCGGCUCAGCCUGUGUAGAAAAGUCAAAGAAGCGUCGCCUCCCCCGUUAGAUUCGAGCGAGCAAACGAGCCGGCGAAGAGAUUCGUCGAUCGAAUCGACGAAGGAAAAGGCGACGACGCGAGGCUUCGACGAGGACUCCUCGGGGAAAGAGAUCGAUUCGUUCGAGAUAGAAUCCCGACCCGACGGGGCGACGAACGCGAGACAAGUGGAACAAGUUCCUAGAGAGAGAACAAGAAAACCGGAGGCAUCGAUGGAAAUUCGAAGCAGCUCGGAAGGCGGCGAGCCUCAUUUCCGAGGGAUGAGGCCGACCAGUUGGUCCCCUCCGCCCGGUAAACCCGGCAAGCAUCGUUACAAAAUCAACAACUCCGAGUCGACGAGGUCGAGAAUCGUGGAUGAACCACCGUUGAAAACGAGUUGGAGCACGUCGAAUCCUUACGGAUCGUCGAAAGUGGAGAUCGGUGGUGGAUCGGCGAGCACGGAGAGCAACGUGUACAAGAUCACGGUCAGCCCCCGGACAUCUCCUCUCGUUCACCGAUUGCAAAUAGGUCCAACGGCGGCCAACGGGUCGAGGAGAACGUCGAUUUUGAUCAACGGUGACGCAGCAACACCCACGGCUGAAACGUCGGGGGACAAUAAAGUGACGAUCAGCGUCGGCGGCGAGGACAGCGUUUACAAUCCAACGGUGAUCUCGGUCAACUCGGAAAAUCCACCGCGGAUAAAGAGUUCAGGCGAGAAGAAUCGGACCCUCGUCAUCCUCGACAACUACAAAUCCAAUAUCGUGGUGGCGUCCUCUAAAGAGGGUAAGGGUAAGGAGGAUACGAGGCCGUUGUUGAAAACGAUCGAAACGAUCGAAUCUGUCGAAGAGAUCGAGCAACGAUCGAGAAACAUCGAGAAAUCCGAGAGCAACGCUACGACGAUCUCCAAUACGAGUCCGGAAACGACAGUUGACUGCGAGAAGCGAACGAAAUCGAUCGUGGAAGGUGGUGGUGGAGGGUCUUCUCUCGUGGAGAGGAACGCCAAGUUUCACGCGGCGAACGAGAGAACGGGGGAAAAUUCGUCGAAAUUUGCCUCGUUGUCGAAGGAGGCGUUGAUCUCGAAGCUGCUCGAGGAUUCUCUGAGGAAGGCGCGCGAGAACGGGGAGAUCCUGGACGAGGACAGCGGCGAGGCCAUUUUGAAGAUACUGAAGCAGAGUUUGUUGAAGAGCAAGGAGUACGAGGGUUCCGAGUCGACUCUCGAGGCGAAUUACUCGAGAGCGUCCAGCUUGAAUUCGGAGGCCGACUUCAUCUCGACCAAUCUUUUCCUCGAGGAGAAUCCUUACGAGGUAAUCAAGGAGCCGAUUUACGAGGAGAUACCGGAUGAACCUCCCCCUCUUCCACUCAGCCCUCCACCCACGGAAGAUUAUAUAAAAGACAGGAUAUAUUUCGGUGACAUCGAUUACUACAGGAAGAGUAGCUCCGAUCAGUUCCUCGGAUCCUACUUGGCCGACAAUGUUUACAAAAAAUCCAACCCCGAGGAUCUUGGGGAGACAUAUUUGUCGAAGAGCCCCGAGGAUUUCUUCAAGAAAAUGUCCACGUCUCCCGAGGAGGGGAACAUCUCGAGUAAGUUCGAGCUGCUUAACUUCCUCAUGGACACCAAGGAUCGAGCGAUAUCCAUCGAAGAGGAGGAGGACGAGGACGACGAGGACGAAGAGGAUACGGAGGGAGAUUUGGAGGCGCUCUAUGAACAAAAGGAAACCAGCCUGGGCGACCUUAGCUCGAAAAGUUCGCAGAUAUCCAACGUUUCCGACAGCAGCGAGGAAUGCAACAUUAUAUUGACCAGCUCGUCAGAGACGUCAAAAGUAAGAGCUGUAGAUAUAGAAAGAACUGAUAGCGGAGUGGGAUCUGAAAGCAGUCAAGCCAGCAGCACACGGGGCGUGCCGAGACGUUGGAGAGCAGGAAAUGUCUCUUCGGGACCAGGAAGUCUCCUCAGUGGAAUCCCACAAGUGAUUUCCGGUGAUUCAAAGCAUUGCGAGGAUUGCGAACAACGUUUGGAUCCUCUAAUAACGGAUAGCGGUGUAGUAUAUGCGCCUUUCGUGUGCAGAAAAUGCUCUAAAAAAAGGAUAGAGCGAAAAGAAAUCAUUACGGAAAUCGUCGAAACUGAACAAAAAUAUGGAAGAGAUCUACAAAUUAUUCUUGAAGAAUUUCACAGACCCAUGUUAAGGGCUGGUCUACUCACGUCUGAACAGCUUACAGCGAUUUUUCUCAAUGUGGAAGAACUUCUUGAACACAAUCUUGUACUCGCGGAGAAAUUAAAAUUCGCUGUGGAAUUUGCUCAGGAAUCUGGAGACGAAGAUCUUUUAACGGUAGAUGUAGGCAAGAUUUUUCUAGAGUCUGAACGGAUGUUACAUGCAUUUGAAAGCUAUUGUACUCGUCAAGGAAGCGCAAGUUUGUUGUUACAGAAUCUGGAAAAGGAGAAAGAGCUGCUACGAAUUUUUCUAAAAGUUUCACAAAUGGAAAACACUGUUCUACGUAGAAUGAAUUUGAAUUCUUUCCUAAUGGUUCCUGUACAAAGAGUGACAAAAUAUCCUCUUCUCUUGGCACGACUACUAAAAGCUACGCCUUCCGUACGACCAGAUAUACAAGAAGCAAAGGAGAGAUUAAAACAGGCUCAAGCUAAUAUAGAAUUACAUUUAGAACAUAUGAAUGCUGAAGCAAAAGAUGUGACUUCGACGAAACUUUGGAGAAGAAUUUCAAUUAUCCAAAAUGGUAGACGACCGAUCGGUGAACAAGAUAUGGUGAAUAUAAAAUUGAGAAAGAUGGCCGUGGAAGUAUUAGAAUGGGCUCAUGAAGAAGCAAAAUUUGUAUUAGAAGGACGUCUUUUAGUUGCUCAACCAACAGAUAAUAAUUGGAGACGCGGACGUACUGUCAAACUUGCUCCUGUAACUGCUAUGUUGGUUACCAAUGGCAAGCCAAAUGCAGAGGAUCUUGAAUUUAAUGAUGAUUCUCUCUUUCCAAGACACAUUGGUAUUAAAGAAGCUACUUUAUUGUUAGUUAAAGAAAAAUUCGGACGUUAUUCUUUGUUGCGAGAACCAUUGUAUUUAGAUAAAUGUAUAGUAUGUUGUGAAACAGAUCUUGAAGAUUAUUUCGAAAUUCAAGAAUUAUCGUCAAAAGAAACUUUUAUUUUUAAGGCCGAAGAUGGCGCCAGAACAAAGAGAUGGUGUAGAACACUACAGACACACGCACAAUCUCUCGGUGCAUGGCGCAAACGACGUGGAGCGCUGCCAAAUAUCAUGAUAUGCGGUGUUGCAAGAAAUUAAUAAUUAUAUAUAAAAAAAAUUUUAUUAAUUAAUUAAUUAAUUGUUAUUUUAAAUAUAAUUAUUAUUUAAAAAUGUGAUUCCUACAUACGCACAAAUAAAUUUGUGCAAUUGAUUAAACUGGCGCAUGAUCUCUAAAUGAAUUAAUAAUGAUUUAUCAAAAAGAACAUUAUGUGUUGGACCAAAGGAUUUUUUUCUGUUCAUUGAUAAUAUGUAUCAAUGAGUAUGUAUCAAUGUAUCAAUGAGUAAUACGAAAAUCUUGCGCAAUCUAUUUUGCGUUCGGUUACAGUACGUUGCAGAACUUAAGUUUCCUACGUCGCUGUAGUAGUUAACAUGUUGUUUAACAUAUAUCAUAAAAUAUUCUCUUUUUCUUUUUUCUUGAUUAUCACUUUUUUGAAUACCAUAUACAUAUACUAUACAUGUAUAUUGGAUGAAUAAUUGCUACAUAAAAAAUUAUUAAUUAAUAAUUUCAUUACAAUUGAAAGAACAGAAAGUAGCUGUGAUACUGACCGGUGUUAUUGGGUAUUUUUUGUCUGAUUAUAUUAAAUACUGCGAUACGAAUUCGAGUUUUUAUUUCUAUAUACUUCAUUAAUGGCAAUUAAUUUCCACAAGAUCAAAU